CAUUAGCCCGAACGCUAGAAACCAUAUCGGUAUAUGGAUGAUUUGUUAUUGUUAGUGCGCCAAAGUCAUGCGUUCGCGUCAGUCAAAUUCGACAACAUAUUAUUGGAAAAAUUUAUUGACGAAAAAAAAAAUCAAAUAGAAAGUACGGCGAUAAAUUCAGAAUAAGUCUAUUCGCCAAUGGCAAUCUUUUGUCCAGUCAUUGAUCAAAAUUGAACAAUUUGUUGAAAAGAGUGAAAAUUAACACGAGCAAAUCAUAGAAAAAAUCCCUCGAAAACAGAACUAUGGUCAAAAACGGAACUACGUUGUUUUACAAAUGAUUUCGGUGUAGUGAAUUUUCGGCUAUCAAUUCUUGUGCACAAAAAAAAAAAAGAAUAUUAAUUUCAAGAUCUAAAGUCCAAAAUGGUUGUGAGUGGAAAUGUGAGCGGUAUUCUGUGAUGAUGCGUAUGUGCGGAAAACUUGUUCGUUAACCGUUUUGGUGCUGAUAAAGAGAGAUAAGGUUUAUGGCGAUUAUGACGAAAACACCUACUUGCUUGAAGAUUCAUUUCAUAAACAACUGAAUUACACAUUUAAUUCGCAGUAAAUCGAUAUAGGGGAAAAACAACAGACUAAUUACAGUAAACUCGUUGUUUCGUUGAAAACUGCAAAUAUCUUAGUAACCAAUACCUAUUACCUAUCGAUUGUGAACGACGUCGACAAUAAAUUGAUAUUUGUUUUGCCCGCAAGAAUACAACAAACAGCAACGUUUCGUUCCAUUUGUUUUGUUUGCAUUUUGGUUUUUGGUUUAGAAAUUAGAUCUGUGUAUACGUGCAAAUUGUGAUUGAACAAUGAUUUAAUGCAGAUAGAAGACAUUCGGUUGAGAUAGUGUGUGCGUUUGUGCGCGAUCGCGACAUAGAGGAACACGAGAGAAACGUAUGCGAUACAACAUCGAAGAAGAACGGUGGUUUGAAAACAACACAGACACAGAAUGACUCAUAUAUCGAACUAUCAAAAUUCACUUUAAGUUCUUUCGUCCUUGUUUUUUCGAAGCUUCCUCUUUUGGUUUUAACAUUUAAUUUGUUAAUUUUUUUUCUCUCAAAAUAUCAUUAGUUUGUUUUAACUCUUACACACAAAUUUUGUUUGGUUUUAUUGCACGAGUUUGUUGGAAGCAUUUGUGAAUUUGAAACGAGGAAACCAAGUGAUUAAAAAAAUUAACAGAAUAAAAUUGACAUACGCGCCGAAAUUAAUUGUCGAUUAAAGAAAUGUGUCGGUAGAGAGAGAGAGAGAGAGAGAAAGAGAAAAAGAGCAACAAAAAAACGUAACCAAAUACACAGAAAAGAUAAAAAAUAUACAUAAAUCUAGUAUUUAUAGUGCGGUAAAAUGUCAAGUGUAAACUGAACGUGAACAACAAAUGAAAAAUUCGAAUUUCGAUUCGUUCAUUCACGACUUUUUGAGUCGCCAAACAGCGGCUUGAGCAACAGCAAAAGAAGAAGAAGAAGAAGAAAACAAACAGCACGUACACAACUCUAUCUCUCUUCAGUCUUUUUUUCUGUUUUUUUUUUUUAUAUCAAAAUAUUGUGUUCGACCAAUUCAUUCGUAGAAGACUUGAAACGAAUCCAACCCAUUUGCAUUGAGAUACGAUUUUCUAUGACAUGUUACAGCAGCAAUCGCAGCAGCAGCAGCAACAACAACAACCGAGAAUUGCAUCGAAGCGAAAGCGUGAGUCAGGUGGUGAGUGUGGAUGUGGUUGCGUCGACAGCAGUAACACAAUUGCAAUAUCGUCAGGAGGACCAGUAAUUGGUCCAUCAAACAGCAACAAAACGGCACAUACAAAAGUAGCUACGUCUGGGGGCCAUGCGAAUACGCAAGCCCCUAGUAAACGUGCCAGCAGCGGCGCUGACGGCGACUAUCAGCUCGUACAGCACGAAGUCUUGUAUUCCUUAUCGGCCGAAUAUGAGGUGCUGGAGUUUUUGGGCCGUGGCACAUUCGGUCAAGUGGUAAAGUGCUGGAAACGUGGAACCAAUGACAUCGUUGCUAUAAAAAUCCUGAAAAAUCAUCCCUCAUACGCUCGACAAGGCCAAAUUGAAGUGUCCAUCCUAUCACGUCUCAGCCAAGAAAAUGCCGACGAAUUCAAUUUUGUUCGGGCAUUCGAAUGCUUCCAGCACAAAAACCAUACGUGCUUGGUAUUCGAAAUGCUUGAACAGAAUUUAUACGAUUUUCUCAAACAGAAUAAAUUUUCACCACUGCCGCUGAAAUUCAUUCGACCAAUUUUGCAGCAGGUUUUAACUGCUUUGUUAAAAUUAAAGCAACUUGGACUAAUCCAUGCUGACUUAAAACCUGAAAACAUCAUGUUGGUCGAUCCAGCCAGACAACCAUACAGGGUAAAAGUUAUCGACUUUGGAAGUGCAUCGCAUGUCAGCAAAACCGUAUGCAAUACAUACUUGCAGUCGCGUUACUAUCGUGCACCAGAAAUCAUUUUGGGCUUGCCGUUCUGCGAAGCAAUUGAUAUGUGGUCGCUGGGGUGUGUAGUGGCUGAACUGUUUCUUGGCUGGCCCCUGUAUCCUGGAUCGUCUGAAUACGAUCAAAUCAGAUACAUAUCGCAAACGCAGGGCUUACCAACGGAGAAUAUGUUGAAUAGCGCUAGUAAAACGGCAAAAUUCUUCUAUCGUGAUGUCGAUUCAACGUAUCCAUUUUGGCGUUUGAAAACACCCGAAGAGCAUGAGGCUGAAACGAACACAAAGAGUAAAGAAGCUCGCAAAUAUAUUUUCAAUUGUUUGGAUGACAUUGGACAAGUGAAUGUACCAACCGAUUUGGAAGGGCAAUUACUUGCCGAAAAGACGGAUCGCCGUGAAUUUAUUGAUCUGUUAAAACGUAUGCUGACCAUUGAUCAAGAGCGUCGCAUCACACCAGCCGAAGCAUUGAACCAUGCUUUCACCACAUUAACGCAUUUGGUUGAUUACGCGCACUGCAAUAAUGUCAAGGCAUCCGUACAAAUGAUGGAAGUGUGUCGACGCGCCGAUUUCCAUACGGUGCAGCCAACCUCAGCAUUGGUAUCGAACUUUGUACCAAACACCACGGAAAAUAUGACAUUUACGAUAAACAAUCAAUUGUCAAAUCAAGUUCAACGAUUGGUUCGGGAUCGACCCACCGCUGCCUAUGCGGACAAUCUCUAUCAAAUUUAUGGCACCCGAAAUGUUGGCCGCCAGUACACGAAUACUCGUAACGAAUUCCCGCAUCAAUUGAUGUCCAGCAUAUUGUGUCAACCAGGAUACCAAACCAUGCCAAGCCCGACAAAGCAUGUGGUUGUUGGAGGUACAGCGCCGCUUCAGGUGCCGCCACAGCAGUAUGUGCCGGUGCCCGUUUCCAUGGUUGAGCCAACCUCAGCACAACGUAUGCUGCUCACGAAUCGCGUACAAACGAACACAGUGGCAUGGCCGCAGGGUGGACGUCAAGUGCUAGUACCAUCAUGGUCACAACAAGCAGCACCACAUUCAUUGAUCGUCGACUCAGCGCCAUUUCUUAAUAUGGAAGAAAUUUAUCCGAAACAUCAUUUGAAUUUGCCGCGGCAUGAACUCAAGAAAGAAUCGCCAGUACAUCAUUUACCUGUACCGCGUCACGAUAAGAAAGAAACGAAUCAGUUGUCACCGGUCAAGAAGAGAGUCAAAGAGAAUUCCCCACCGCACCAGCAACGAUACAAUCGAGCUCAUGUAUCGCCACAGUAUCACCAGAGUUCCAAUCACAUAAACUAUUACACAAAUAGCGGCAACAACAGCAACAAUGCAAACAACAUGAACAAUCAUGGCCACCAAUUGCAGCACCAUCAAAACACGUCGAGUAGUCAGCUAAUCACGCAACCGCAUACCUCGUACUCGAAUACAAACAAUAACUCGAUGCCACUCAGUCAUUCGAGCAGCCACAACAGUUUGAAGCAGCAGCAAGUCCAUCAACAACCACAACAGCAGCAACACCAACAACACCAACAACACCAACAGCACCAUCAGCAGCAGCAGCAGCAGCACCAACAAACAAUUACAAUUCACGAUACCCCAUCUCCCACAGCAGUGAUAACCAUUUCCGAUAGUGAAGAUGAACUACCGGAAAUCAAGCAUGCGUCCAAGGCAACGACGGCAACGACGACGACAUCGGCGACGACGGCGACGACAAACAAUCAACGCAACCAAAAUUCGUCAUCGUCCUCAUGCCAAUCGAAUAACAUGAGAUGGCAAUGUCAACCGUCAACAUACGACGGCACAAAUGCCAACAACGCAGCACCGUCUCAUGACACUCAAAAUCAUCACCAGAGCAACAAUGUCAACAAUUAUAAUUCGAACAACAAUGGCAGUAACAACGGAAAUCGUCAAAGGAAAAAUGUGAUUUCAUGCGUGAGCGUCGGUGAUAGUGACAAUGAAGAUCGCCACUGCACGCCCAAACAAAACUCGUCCGAUUCCAAACACUUGGUACCAAAACGAAAUUUCCUGCAGCGUCACUGCACGCUCGCAACUGGCACACAACCAUGCAAUGAAAAAGCGCACGGUAAUCAACAACUCCAACAGAUUCAACAAAUUCAGCAGCAGCAGCAACCACAGCAGCAGCAGCAGCAGCAGCAGCAGCAGCAGCAGCAACAACAACAACAACAACAACAACCACAACAACAUCAGUCAUCGCGUUCUGCACAAACAACAUCAUCAUCGACGAAUCAGUUGCUGCCCAAACUGGAACCAACUGAGCUCCAGUACACUCCAUUGAAUGAGAUGUCAAAAUAUGAAAUCAAUGAAUAUCCACAAAUUGAAAAGCGUUCGACAUGGGCGCCACCAAGCGCUCACAACAAUCAUAAUCAUAAUCAUAAUCAUAAACGUGAAGCAGUCCCAUCGUAUUCGCAACAAGUGGCCCCACCGCCAAUAGGCUGCAAAGUGCCUAUGUACCGUCAAACACAUCAGUCGAAUACCCCGCUCGGAGGUUCACCAGGAAUCUUACAACAAGAUUUAACAUAUGCGCAAGGUGACAUGUAUCGAAGACCGACGGUAUUCGUUUCCCAGGCUCCGUAUCAAAAUUACAAUCGUGUGGUGCCACCACCCGCUCACAAUGGAUCAAAUCGCCAAGUUUUGCCAGCGCAUCAUCCAUUGCCAGCCCAUAUUCAAUUUCCAGCCCAAUACAGUCAGUUUGGCCCAUUGAGUCCGGCUCAAGUGCCAAGCAAGCAUGGACACUAUCAACCGACCAAUUUAUGGUUUGCUGAAUAAGGACGAUUUUUGCCAUCGCACACCAACAUACAGCCACAUUCAAACAUUGAAUCGAUCAAAACACCGCAGAAUGUGUGCUGAAAAAACGACGGAAUCAACAACGACUCCAUUGAAAAAUAAUUACAAGGAAAUUACUAAGAGCUAAUGGGUAAAAAUAACAACUCUCGUUCGCGAUAAAACUCGAUAUACAUAAAUACAACAGUUCCAUGGAAUCGAGAAAGCAACAAAACAAAACAACAACAAAAAGGAUAGAGACGAAUGUUAUAAGAAUCAAUAUCAUUUUUAUUUGUUUACUAUUGGCAUGAAAGAAUUUUGAAAUUCAAAAUUACAAAGAACUUAAAUGGAAAAAAAAAUAAUAACAACAACAAAAAUUAUAUGAAGUUAGAAAGUUCGUACUUGCACACGAGACAUGCAUAGAAUAUUUUAGAGGAUUUAAAUAUUACAAAAUGGUGAAGAAAAUGCAUAAAAUAAAUUGUUAUAGAGAUUCGUUGUGCAUUUGCAAGGAAGCAAAAGAUCCGAAUGCAUGCCGUUAGUCAGUGGAUGUACACCGCGAUACAGAUAAAUUGUCAUCAUAAUGAUUUGGUUUGAAUCACACACACACGUCUAUCGAACAUUUCGAAUUGUUGCACAAAUUCGCACGUGAAAUCUGUCUAACCAAAAUAUUUUAUUCGAAUUGCUUGGUCGAAUUCUAUUCGAAUCAAGUUAAAUGAAAAAUGAUGCAAAAAUAUUUUGCAACAAAUAAACGCUUAACAUUAGAAACGAGCCAUUUGGUUUGCGAAAAACAAAAUGAACGUAACAAAAAAUGAUAGAUAGAUCAUAGUAACAUCCACCAAAACUAUUCAAUUCAAUUUAAUAAAAAAUCUACAUAUUAUAUUCAAGAAUGUAUAUAUGUGGUGAAGGCUGUAAAAUAUCUAACUUAGUACGAAAUGCAUCGGAGCCCCACAGAGAUUCUUUUUUUUUGUUUUUGUUUUGAUGCAGAUUAGUUGACGGUGUUUAACGUUGGUUUCACUGCAAAUAUAUCGACGACAUAUUUUUCGCUACUAAAAAUACGAACUUUGGAAAUUGGUGCAUACACACACCCACAUGAAUGCCUCUGCUUUGUGUGCAGUUGAAUCGAUGUAAACCAAUUUGAAACCCGUUCCGCCAAUAUCCGCAUCCAACGUGGUUUGAAAUCAAUGUGGGUGCAAUUGAUAGCGAAUUCAAAUCGAACUGAAUGACAUUGAAAAGGGGUUAGAUAUUUUUUUUCUUUAGGAUUUCUUUUUUGUUCGCUUAUAAUUUUUUUUUGUUAUUACUACAAAUUUUUUAUCAAUACUGCAGCUAGUAGGCGUAGUGAACAGUGAAAAGGGUAACAUAUUAAAACUGCACACUAUAACCGUAAAUAUUACCAUUGAUGUGUACUUCACGAAAGAAUUCAAUCUUUUUCCGCUUAGUUUUUUUUCCCUUCGUUUUUUCUAACACAAUUUAAUCAAUAUUCAUUAGGAUUAUUACUUAUACGUUAGAUUCAAUCUCGACUUUCUUUUCUUUCUUUUUUCGCUUCUUCUUCUUCUUCUUCUUCUCUCUGUGUGUUUUUUAACUGUUUGUUUUUUCUUCGGAACAAUUUCAUAUUUAAUCAAUGAUGAUACACAAAAAAAGCUGAAAUUUGAACAAAAAAAAUUGCGAUUUUUAGGGAAAUAAAUAUCAAGAUGUAUAUAUUUAUAUAUUCAAUGUAGUAUUUCUUCCAAUUUAAUGCGAAAAAACGCAUUCAAUUCAAUACAAAUUAGACACUGACAGAUAAAUUGCUUCUUUUCUUCAGUCAUUGGCUUUAUUAUUCUGUGCGUUUCAAUGUCAUUCAAAAUUUCUUCGUAAUGAUAAACAUACAAAAAUGGUGACAAUGUGUCCAAGUCAAAGAAAAUUAAACGAACUGUUGAAACUAUUAUAUUGAAUAUAUUGUUGAAGAAAAAAAAAUUAAUUACAAUAUUAUUCGGAUACUUUUGCAUUGAUUUUUAGUCAUCGAAUUUCAAAAGUAUAUUUGUGUGCUUGUUGUAUAGAAACGGUGAAAAAAAAAAAUUCACACACGCUGAAACAAAAAGAAAAUUUAAGAAGUCUAACAAAUGACACACCCUCAAACAAACAAAUUUACAUAGUUAGCUCUAAACAAUGGUUUCUGGUGAGGAGAGAGACGAAAUAAAUUAGGUUUUUAUAGAUGAAUGAACAAGGAAUUAAAGGUGAAACAAAGUACUAGUACUGAACAGAUUGGAUGAUGAAUUCAAACAACUAAAAAGACCACACUGAAUGAGAAAA